AUGGUGAGCGCUGGCUUUGGCUUUGUCUUUGAGCCAGUGGUGGUUGUGUCUGCGCAGGACCCGCAGCAGCUGUGCGGAAACGACGACGAGAAGCGCCUGUUUGCGACAUCGAGCAGCGACGACAAUGCUGCGAACGCUGCUGACGAUGGUGUGUCUGCGCCCGCCGCGCACCAAGAUGCAUCUGCGAGCGAUGGCCGUGCUCGCUGGUUGAGCUCGCGCCGGAACGCAGCUGCGGGAGGCUCAGCGAGCGGCAAACGCUGCACAAAUUCCGCUCUCGUCAUUCCGCGGUUUAACGUUCCUGGCGUUCGUGCAUCCACGGUGAUCACUGCCGAGGACGCAGUCGCCAAGUUACAGCUUCGCUGCGAUGUCUUUGUCGACGAGAUUAAGAACAUUGACAUUCUCACCACGACGCGCGUUCUCCAUCGCGGCGACGAAGAGGUGUUUGUCGUGCAAGCAUUCGACAGCGAAGGCAACAUCUUCAGCAGCCUUGAGGGUCUGCGAUUCGAAUGGAGCAUUCUACCCGAUCCUGACACCUCCGCCGGACACACUGGCACCGACGUUCUGCAGACUGUUCCCUUCCGCGAUUCGUCUUUCAAAGCGUCCGAAGCCAUUCUUGAGAUGGAGUCGAAGGGCUAUCUUGGAAGCUCCGUCUUGCUGCGUGGUCGCCACACCGGCACGGCGCUCCUCAGUGCUCGCAUUAUCGAACCUAGCUUUGAGCACGUCCCACCGUCCGCCGUCAAGCUCUUCAUCAUCGAGCCAUUCCGCCUCAUUCCGGAAUCGGGCGUUUUCUUGGCCCCACUGACCUACUUGCGAUACCGCAUGGAGCGCUUCCACGACGACGGCUCUGGCGUGCGCGAGAUUGCCUUGCCUGCACCGGCGUACGAGUGGACCACCAGUGACGGAAAGAUUGCGAGCGUCAUGGACAACGCUGGUCUUGUUCGUGCAAACAGCGUCGGUAUUGUUGAUGUCAUCGUUUCGGACAAGAACAUGUCUGAAAACGCCGCCAAAGCUUCCCUGUACGUGGUCGACCCCAGCGCUCUCGUCUUUGACAUCCACCCCGUUCAUGUUGCGCCCGAGGAUUUGCAAUAUGUUGGAGACGAACCGAACUGGACGCUCGAGAUUGAUCGCGAGUACAUCAUCACCGUGACCAUUGUCGACGCUGACUGGCAUGCCCUGCUGAUGUCCGAGAAUAUGCAACUCGACGUCACCUUGGACAAGGGAUACCUUCAAAUUCUGCACGGAUCUGCCAACAACUCGUACUUUCACGUGCGGACGGUGCGCGUUGGCACGACUGCUGCUUUGGGCAUGCUUGCUGUCAUUUCGGAUCCUUUGACAGGCGACUCGUACUCUCUGCCAGUUCCCUUGACCGCAAUGCACUCGAUCGACAUUUUUGCACCCAUCCGAGUUCACCCCCAGAACGUCUAUCUUCCCUAUGAUGGCGUUGUUCAACACCGAUAUGGACUAACGGCAACGGGAGGCAGCGGCGAGUACGCAUGGCGUGCAUCUGCUCCGGCAAUCGCAUCGGUCAAUGCGUUUGGAGUGGCACUUGCCCAUUCUCUUGGAGUGGGCGAAAUCGUUGCUGCGGAUCGUCGCAAUCUUUUGCACUACGGUUCAUCGCACAUUCACGUGCUGCUGCCUCAGUCGAUGGACUUUUUGCCCUCACUGGUCGAGGCCGAAGUGUCAAACACCCUCUCCGUCCCUCUCGCGGUCUACGGUCUCGCCGGAAGCGCCAGCAACGAGCAACACGAGAAAGUUGCCUUCCAUAACUGCUCGGGACUCGCCAUCACCCUUCAUGUCUCGGACAAGGAGGUCUUCCGCUUGAUGAGCUCGGGCGAGCCUCAGAUUGCCGACGCGCUCCCCGCCGCAGCGCUUUCAGCUUGCCUCGCCGUGCGCCUUGUUGCGCUCCGAGAAGGCUAUGCGACCUUGACGGCCACCUACUCUGUUGACGGCUUGGAGUUUUCGGCCCAGACGGUUCUCGCUGCCUACAAUCCGUUGACGGUGGUGCACCCUGCCCACCCGAACGAGCCCGUGCCGCUUCCUAUCGUGUCGAUCGGCUCCAGCGCUGUUGUGUUCUACGACGGAGGUCCGCUGCCUUGGAUUAGCGAGCCGUCGGCUUACCGCCAGCAGCUCAGCGCGCUCGAUCGCGAAGCAGGAGUGGCCAGCGUGGCCGACUCUGCCGCCGUGGACAUUGUCUUGCAGGCACCAACUCCGUACCAGCGUCUACGUGCAUAUCGCGUCACCUGCCUCGAGCCUGGCGAGUACACGCUGCAGAUUGCUGUGAGCAACGAGCCGACGUCCAACCACCCGUAUCCCGCCACGUCGACCACCACGACUCGCUUUGCCUGCCAGCAUCCGCACACCAUUCACGUCCAGCCAGCUGUCGCGCCAAACCCCAACUUUGUUGCCUCCUGCCCUUCGUCAUACAACCUCGCGCUGCGCGCAUCACUGUACCACGUGCGCAACGACCGCCAACUGACAUUCUCGUUGGUGGUGCUCGACGCCCAAAACCGCACCUUUACCAACUUUUCGUCGGCCGACAUUGACUGGUCUGUGUCGGACUCGUCUUUGGCCUCCUUCGAUGUGGACGCCGAGCUUGCCUCGAUGGGCCUGUCCAUUCCGGACGCCAACGACGCGCGUCACGCGACCGCCGCCGAGCAGCAUCGUUGGUGGCUGCGAGCCACCCGAGGACGGACGGAGCGUUAUCUGCUCUUGGGCAUUGGCGAGGGAACUGUGCGCAUUCAGGUCGCCGUCAACGGCUACUACCCCGAAGUGCACGACUCGCACGGUCGUCACGUCAGCUUGCCCAACGCUCGCUCGGCCCCGCUUGUGCAGCAGAUUGACUUGAUUGUCGUUGCCAAUGUGCGUCUUGCGACCGACACGGCUGCCAUGUUCAACCACCCGAACAACGUGCUCUCGUUGGACGUGCUGAGCGGCUCGGGCCAUCUUCGUUCCACGUCCAACGACACUACCGUGGCCACCACGACCUACGUUCGCCGCAAUUCGACAGUGUCUGUGCGCGCUCGGCAUGUCGGCAUCAUUUCCCUCACGGUUGUCGACGAGUGUCUCGAAGGCUCGGUUGCAGCAACCGCGACAGUGGCCGUGUCCGAUGUGCACAUGAUUGAAGUCCAAGUGAUCGACAAGGUUCAGUUGGGCCGUAGCGUUAUUGCCAGGGUGCAGGUUUUGGACAAUGCUGGUCGCGUGUUUGAUGCGCGUCAAUACUCGUUGAUGCAGCUGCGACACCACACAAGCACGGACUUUAUUCAAAUCCAAGCAUUGCCGCUGGCCGCCUCUCGUCCUGCGUCAAGUGAUUAUCUUGCCUCAUCCGCCACCGGAGCCAGCAACAGCGACGGUACCGACGAUGACCUGCCACCCACUACCUCGGCCUCUUCAUCAUCUGCUGCUGCUGCUGCUGCUGCUGCCGCCGCCGCGCGGACGUCUUCUUCCGCCGCCCACCUUCGCCAGAUUUUCCUCAGCCAAGACUUUGUUGUCACUGGCGUCGCGCUGGGUGUCAGCAUUCUCACAUUCCACACUGAACAGCAGCACCCGUCCGGCUUCAACGUCGUCGUCGAGAGCUCGCCCGUGUCCAUCCAGGUCUUCCCACGACUCGAGCUCCGACCCAAGGAGAUUAUUCUCGUCCCCGGAGCGUCAUGGCAGCUUGAAAAGUUUGGCGGACCGACCGGCCGAGUCGCAACCAUGUUUACGAUCGACAAUGCAACCGUGGCCAGCGUGACUGGCGCGACCGGCAUUGUGACUGCCGCCGAGCUUGGUCGCUCGACAGUUGUCGCUCAGGUACUGGGCUACAAUGUGCUGACUGGCGAGCGUAUCGUCCAUACUCAGGACACUGCGUCUGUGAUUGUGACGUUGCUCUCCGGAGUCCGUCUGAGCGUCCCUGCCGUGCGCAUUCUCGAGGGCACUGAAAUGACCAUGCAGGUCGUUGGCAAGACCAACGUCACUCCGCUGACUUCUGAGGCUGGUUCGGCAUCCGUUCACACACAAGAUGCUGCUGCUGCUGCUGCUGCUGCGGCGGCGGCAUCGACGAUUGGUGGUGUGCCAACCGCGACCGGCAGCGUGGCACCACCGGUCCAGACCUCAGUGGGCUACCACGGCCCGACGACGGGCGACACGCCAUUCACGUUUGCUUCGUCCAACCUGCGAUUUGCCUGGUCUAACAGCAGUCCUUCCGUGCUGAGUCUGCGCUCCGUCUAUCAGGCCGCAGGCGAGCAUGUCCACGAUUCCGAUUUUUCAGUCCGCGUGCGUGCAGGAGCACCAGGCCGCUCUGUCGUGCGCGUUGAAGUCCAGCACGACCUCGAGUCGAUUGCUCCUGGCGGCGUGCUGCGCUACUCGGAUUCCAUCCAGCUCGAAACCGUCGAACGCCUGGUCAUCCUCUCCCCGCAGCGCCUGCUCCUGCCAUUCGAGUCCCGCUUCACGGUUGUCACCAACAAGGAUGGUCGAGUGCCUCUGCGCUACACCAUCAUUGCCCGCUGCACUGGUGCCGUCUCGACCACGCGCGAGCCCAUCACCGUCUCUGAGCGGGGUGUGAUUACCACCUCGCGUAUUGGUGGUAUUGUGGACAUUCUUGUCACCUCGGACGACAAUGGACUCAUCCAGUCUGAUGUUGUUCACGUCGAGGUGGGCCCCGUUGUCGGAAUUGCCGUUGUUCCAGCGCCGAACAAGAACGCCGGAUUGGUCGACGCUGAAGGAAAUGGCGGCGGCGUGCGCCUGCGCUUGCCGGUCGGAGACACUGCCGGCUUCCUGCUGGAGCUGUACAACGAGGCCGGUGAGCGCUUCAACACCACUGCAGGCACCGAGGUCGAACUGGCGCUCAACCGCUUUGAUGCAGUGCGUGUCGCGACCAUGCCCCUCAACAACCCUCCUGGUUUUUACGGAGAACAACUUGCAUUCCAUGUCACGGCUGUCGGGGAGGGCGACACCAUUUUGCACGUCCACCUUGCCCGCCAGCCUGCCAUCGCCGACUUUAUUCGCAUUCGAUCUGGCAACCACUUCGAGCUGACCAUGUUCCCGGGCUCGAACGUUUGUCUGCGCACUGUCGCGCGAUCUGGCGUCAGCCCUCGCGCGGGCCGACCCAGCUCGUUUGCGUCCAAGCACCUUGCGGAGGUCGAGGUCCAUGGCGCUCGCGCGACUGCCAAAGCGCAUGGCCUCGCCGUGAUUACUGAUGGCGACACCGAGGUCGCCCGCAUCUCUGUCAAGCCUGUUGCAACCGUCGUGAUUGACCCCAGCCAGCACACGUGGAUUACCAACGCGCCGCUCGCGCAUGGCGAGUCCGUGUACCGCAUCCCUGUGACCUUCCAGGACGCUUCCGGCUCGCAGUUUAGCCAUCUGCAGGACUGCUCGUCGUCUGAGACAGCACCCGCGUUUGUGCGCAACGUCCAGUUCAAAUGCAGCCUGGACACGCAAUCCUCGAGCUGGUUUACGGCGAACGACGCAUUUGAUCCUCAGACGGGUGCUACUUCGUGUGAGCUGCACCCCCUGGCCCCUUCGACCUCCGCCAUCGACCACAAGUUCGUCAAGCUGAUUGUGCGCGUCCCCUCAGGCUCUGGUGCAGCCAGCAAAGCGGACGUGGAAGCAGCGGUGGACAUUUCAUUCAUUCCGUCGUUCGUCGUGGCGCUUGCUUCGAGCGUGCGGCCCAUCGUCGCCGACGCGAGUCUGACAAUUGCUGCAAAUGUCUCGGCAUCAUCCAGCCUGAUCAUCUAUGGCGCAGGUGCGCACGUUCAUCAGCUGCGAACCAUGUCUGAUAACUCGCAAGUUGCCGCAGUCCUGACCUCGCCGCUUGUCGUCAACAGCGACGGCAAUGCGCCAUUGGAAAUCCGAUGCCUGCGCCAGUCGGACGCUGUGGUGGAUGUCAUGGUUUCGAGCUUGCUCACCGGUCAGCGCGCCGUGAUUCACGUCGACUGCAGCGGUUCGCAACAGCAACAGCAACAACAACAGCAACAGCAACAGCAACAAAGCCAGCCUGACGCUUCCGACCCAACGCCUGAAAAGCCCUCGCCCCGAUACAUUUCAAAGCGGAUGGACGCGCCCAGGGCAGCGGCUGCCCCAAUCGUGGAGCGGACGGACACGCAAGUUGAGGCGUCUGCGCUCUCGACCUACCUCUAUUACGCAGCUCUGCUUGGAGCGUUUGCUGUUCUUGCCAUUGCCGUCAUGUUGGUGAUCAACGCGCCUCAAGCCAAUCGCAAUCUCCGUCAACCCCCGCGCACCCCGCAACGGCCUGGCACGUCGCCGGCUAGCUCGCCGCUCGUCACCUCUCGCGUGCUUUCAUCGCCAGGCAGCCCUGCUGAUUUGACUGCUUCCGCCAGCCAAUUUGCCUCUCCUGAUCAGUUCAAGCUGCAAUCACGCUACACUCAAAACCAAGCCCUGACCCCUGGGCGCAACCUGAUGCGCAGUCCACUCUCUUAUCAAACGCGACCCAAUGCGUUGUGA